AUGGUCAUAUACUUUGGAGUGUAGAAUAUCAUGUCAAUCAAAUGCAUCUAAUAAGAAAGACCACCGCACAUUGAAAAUCUAUGAUACCAUGUAAAAAAUAAUGUUGGUUUCAAUAAAUUAAAGUAAGUAAUCUAAGUUGUUGAGAGAUGCCAUACUAUCGAAUACUAUACAAUUCCUCUAAACGUCUCAAAGGAGCUAUUGUCGAGUAACCACUUACUUCGAAUGUAAGACCUUUUUUUCAAGUGAAUCGCGAAAAACUUCUACCACGCAUCGCGUUUACAAUUCUGUUGACGUUGGAUCAAAUUCUCGAGUCUUUUCAAAUUCGGCAUGUCCAUUAUCGAAAACGGAGGACCGCAAGCUACUUAGUUUGAAUUUAUUAUAUCCAUGUUUGGAGUAAUAAUAUUCACCUUGAAUACAACUAACAAGCCCUCAAGCUACUUAGUUGGAUGAAACGAAACAAAGGUCAUUGGCCCAAUGAAAAACAAAAAACAAAGAUCAUGGACUUGCAACGUAUGAGUCGUCCCAUAUUUUUUAAUAGGAAACAUUUAUCAUAUACUAUAUAUAUAUACCAUUAAGUAGUAUAUUUUAGACCCUCCAUGUGUCGUAUAAAUAAUUAGAAAAUUAAUGACAGAUAACCUAUAAAUCAUCGUAUGACACUUUUCAUGUUUAACCAUACAAAACAAAGCAAAUGAAUAGCUUGGGUAUCUUAACACGAGCGCCAGCACACAACAGAACUUUCCGAUCGAGUUCAUGCUCUGCUUAAUUAUUCUUACACUCUUUCGAAUUUCGAUCUCUAUGCAUUGCACUUGCAACGCCACAACAGCAACACAUCAUAAUCUGUAGUUCACAGAAGAACAUCUAUCUUCUUUAGCUCAAUGUUAUUAUUGUUAUCUUAUUUUGAAUUUGAAAAAAAAAAAUUCCUGAGCAUUGUGAGGAUUUCCCCUUCUUCACCCUUUGGUUUUUGUCCACGUAGUCAUCAUUUUUUUUUGUACGUUUCGACUAUUCGUUAAUACACAGUACUCUGUCAAAAUUGUUGUUGCUCUGUUGAUUGCUAUGAAAUCUAAGUCGUACGUGGUGGCAUGAGUUGCAAUCCAAAUCGAGAAUCGAUAGAUUAGAGAACUUUAGAACCUCUAUACCGAAAAUAUUUUUUGUUACUGGUUAAUAGAAUUAUCAAAAGUCUUCAUCAAAUCGAGUUUAACUGCACUCGCAAUAUGGGUCCAUAUAUAUCACGAGACCUCUUACUGUGUAGUCCAACACCAUUUUCCUGUGUGAUUGGAUAUGAUUUUGCCACUAUAAACGGUUGGUGCUAUCUAGGGCUAGAUGAAACUUGAAAUCCACCAUACCAUAAAUAAAUAAAUAAAUAAAAUAGCAUUAAAAUACAUAAAAAUAACCAAAUAGAGAGAAAAAAAACCUCGUAUUUGAUUGGGUAAUAUUUAUUUAUUUAUUAAGGCCUGAAUUACCUUAUAAUAUCGAGAAGUUAUAAAAUCUGCUAAACCCGCAUUUCUUACCAUCAUUGAUACGAAUCAUACUACUAUGUUAUGAUCAUAUUAUCAUGACGAGAAUAUGUCACCAUUUGCCGUCCUAAAUUUUUAACCUAGCAUUUAUUAUUGAUGGUAAGUUAGGAGAGUGGGGGAGGGAACAAAGGAAGUAGGGUUUCUUUUGGUUUAGUAUUAUUGUUGGCAGAGGAAGAGAAGUAAAUCUGAAAGCCCCUCCUUCCAAUAUUCUUCUUGGGAUUGGUGGCCUGCCAUCCAUGGUUAUAAAAAAAAACACCCAAAAUAAUAAAAUAGAAGGAAACCCUACUCAUCAGAAUUCCUUUCCAGCCUAUAAAUCUCUCUCUCACUCUCUCGUCUCCACACCCUCACUAACCCUACAACUCCAACCCCCAAAAAAAAAAAACUCUUUUCCCCUUUCCUUCUUCUUCCUCUUCUCCAAUAAUUUUCUGCAAUGAAAAUGGCUUCUGCUUGUACUCUUCCACAGCUUUCUUGAACUGCAUCAUCUCUCCUCCUCCCUCCCUGCAAUCAGCUGCAUAGUUGGAAAUCAACAGAUCGAGUUUUUGCGGUUCAAUAAAGCUGUGGGAAGAUACAAUCAGGGCUAGUCGUCGGAUUCCAUUUUGUGCUUCAGAAUCCCAAAGGAAGAAUCUCUACUCGAAGAAAAUUCGGUAUCUCUUUAUCUGCCCUUCAUCACUAGAUCCUGGUUUACGACGAAUUCGAACCUGAGACCUUCUGAGUGAAUACUGUUAUUACUUUCAACCCUCUGAUCUUUUUAUGUGUUGUUUUUUCUCGUGCAGUAGCUCGAUCUGGAUCUCGUGCGUGACAGCCAGAAGUAGUAUUUACUUGAGGUUAUACUUGAAUAGUUAGCGACAGAGUGUUUUAUACUAAAAUUAUAAUUUAAUUGUAAUUCAUGUUUCAUACGGCUAAAGUCAUCUAUUGAUUUAGACACUGAUAAGAGAUUUUUUUUCGAUUGGACCUGUCAAAUUAGGUUCAUGGAUAGAUUAAUGGAUGGUGAGCGGUUGAUGUUUUUUAGUAAAGCAUAUUUAGUGCUACAUUCUUCUUGUAUUGUUGGCUCCAUUCAUUUAUUUAUAUGUAUAUAUAAUAAUGGCACAUCUUCGAUCGGCCCUUUUAUGCUACCCUGUCGGUCGGUCGAUGAAUUGUAUUAUUUGUAUUAUAAAGCUUUUGAAUGUUUGUUUGUUUGUAUAUUAUAUAAAAAAAAUUCCAUUUGAUAUGUACAUAAUGGUGAUGAUAUUAUUUCCUUUUUAUUUAAGGGAUGAUAUUGAUAUGACAUCUAAUUGUGUCUACACCCGUUGUCCCGUCUAUCUAUAGUCUCUAUUUUGUUGUUUGGGUUGUAUUGUUUGGAAGUCAGAUUAUAUGUAAUCUAUUGGAAGUCACAAGGAUGUUUUUAUUGUUAUGGAUUUGCUCCGUAACCUUUCUUUUCUUUUUCGAUGUUAAAUUAGAGUUGACACGUCUAAAAAAGUGUUAUAUAUAUCUUCUCGUCCUUUUGUAAUGUUUAUCUUUCUCAAGUAUAAUGAAACUGAUAUCUCUCACGCACAUGAAUUAGCUAAUUCACAUGCUAGUGAAUCUUCCUUACUGUCUUACAUUUUCUUAUCUUACAAAAUAUAAGAUGAUAAUAUAAACCCAUAUUACCCAACACAUCCAUUUUGAUGAUUUAGAUUUUUGUGAGUUUAGAUCAUAUAUGUCAAGAACCAGUUGAUCCCAAUAACUCGAGUUGUUGGGAUCAACUGGUUCUUGACAUGGUAUCAGAGUCUAGAACCGAAAGGUCAUGUGUUCGAAUCUCCACGACCCCCAAUAUUAACCGUUGUCUUUCAAGCACAUGGUAUGGUGGGCCUGUGCAAACUUCAAGCUCAUGGGCUGGCUUUCGUUUGAGGGGGCAUGUUAGAGAGUGGUAAAAGAUCCACGAUUGAACCUCUCCCAACAACUCGAGUUAUUGGGAGCAACUGGUUCAUGACAAUAUAUAACACAAGGGGGCCAAGUUUAGAGCUAGGGUUUCUUUUUCUGACGGUAAGUUCUUGUUCAUUUUGCAGAUCUUUGGGUUUUGUUCAAUUUGAGCUUGAAGACAAGCCCGACUUGAAAGGAAGAAGAGACCCUUUGUGGAUCAACCUAAAGAAGAAAAGGUAAGUGUAAACCUUUUUGUCUUUGUUAGGGCUGAAAUGUUUCUGAAUCAGAUCAUGUUGUUUCUACAUAGCUAGGGAUUGAUUCUCAGUUCAAAACCAACUCUAGCUUUCCCAUCCCAUUUUUCUGUUGCCAAUCGCCGGCCAAAUGUUUUUGGCCGCUGGCCGGCCGACAGAAUAAAACUAAAAGCCAUUUAAUGAAACCAAUAAUGUCUACUAUGGUUUAAAAAAAAAAAUGUGUACUUGCUAUCUAGGGUUAUAUAUUUCCUUUCUUCUUUAUGGUUGUCAACUUGAUUAGCUGGAAUGUUAAAAGGUCGAAGCCAGCAAGAACAGCACAGCUGCAACAGUACUCACGAGAGGGUUUGGUUGGAGUCUUUGUUUUUAAUUAGUAUGGCCACCUAACUAGCUAGCUUUGGCCACCUCUAAAGCAGGUAUUAGUCGAUUCGGUCUAGAAUCUGAUUGAAUUUAGAUAAGAUUGGACCAAUUUGAAAGGAAAAUUGAUGAUCAAACAGACCAAAAUUCAAUUACAACUCAAUAAUUAUUAGAAUCAAAAUAAAUUCGAUCCAAUUCAAUUCACGGUAUAAUUCAAUCUGAAUUAGAUCGGACCAUUGCCCACCCUAGUCCACCUAGGCCCCUAAUCAAUUAAUUUGCUUACUUUAUGGGCACCCACCCCACAUUAACAUGCAGUUGCUUCUGUGCCACACAGGUCAUCCUCAACCAAAAUUGGUGUGGUGGCAAGCUUCUGAUCAAGAUUCUAUCUCACUAAUUAGUACUUUAGGUUUAACUUUUUACACACCUAAUCCAAUCAAGAUGUUCCCUUAAUUAAGUAGUGCUGCCAGCUAAUACAUAGUGACAACUGAAAAGCUGAGUUUUCAAUUCAUCUGGUUGGUGAAAGCGUGUCAAACAACUAUGUUCUUGAAACGAUUCUGAAUCCAUUUGGAUCGAUGAUCUCGCGAUUACUUUUUUUCCAGAUCUUGCGUAAGGAAAAGCAUUUUGCUGUGUGGGUUUUGUUUUGUUUCAUAGCUAACUUUCACUUUAGGGUGGGGUUGAGAUUAUUUAUCAUUAUUAUUUGAUCUCCUUUACUUCUCCACUAAUGUUGUAUGCUUAAAGGGAAACAAAUUGGGAUUAGGAAAAAACAUAUAAUGUUACAUUUUAUAUGGUCUAGAAAAGUUAGUUGUUUGCUUGUUCCUCUCUUGAUAAUAUCCAAAGUGGCCGGGAAAGAAACCAUACCAAUGAGUUUGUCUGCCUUGUUGACAAAAACAAUUGUUCUUUUUAUUUCCUUGUGCUUUGUGAACUAAGGAAAAAGAGCUAAAGGUCGAUCGGUGGAAAAGUUUUGAAGAAAAACAAUACAUUAUUAGAGCAUUAACCUCACUCCAUUUGCUUCGAUCUUCACAGGAACUUUGGUAAAAAUGUAGAUUUGAACGUGAGAUAUUUCUCAGAUUCCUGUAUUAAUUUACGCUAAAGUAUGUAUAGCUGAUGAAAUAUACGUUCUUUGAUGCCUUUUACACGAGUGGUAUUACAUAGUGUUUGCUAAAUCGUAUCGUACCAACAGUCCGACCGGAAAAACUGUCUAUUGGGCUUUAACCUUAUAUCGGAUUUUAUCUAUAUGAAACGAAUGAAACAUGAUUUGAACA